UCUCAUUUCCGGUUAGGCGCUAGGUGACGUUUCAUGUCGCGAGCCAAAUAUAGGUCCAGUCUUCGGCGUCCAAUCACAUUUCGCGUUCGAGGACUUCAACGCAUGCGCGCUUUUUGUAUUUUAAAAGCACUUGAGAAGCUCGGGGUUCAGCAUGGAUGUGGACAGGAUGGCCUGGGCACAUGGCGAACAGUCACUGCACCCACUUUAAUUGCAGCGGUGGGUUUUGGUGAGUGCCUUUGACUCGCCAUGACUAUGCGAACCACUGUGUUCAGAAGUGGAGGAAACAAGCUGGACACGGACACCGGUGACCAAGCUAAAAAACACGAAUUUCAGACCCGCUUGAAGAAGGAGUCUUCCGAGUGUUUUGUUCGAGUUCCAGGCAUCCUGAGCAACAUUCACAAUAGCACUGGGCAGCAUUUUCACAGCAAAGCUAAGACCCUUUCAACCAGCCAGAGCACCGCUGACAGACCUGUUCUGUCACCAACAGUAAGGAGGGGACAGGAGGAGAACUGGGUGAACCUGGGGGCUUUGACUUUUCCGCUGGCCAAGCAGAUGGGGGCUGAGGGUACCCCGGUCAAAAGCAAGGUACUAUUCGGACACACCAGUCAUAACCACAUGGGCAAGAUGGAUCCAGUGGCAUCAAAUGGCAGCAAGCAGCUUAGGAAGGCAGGGUCAGGAGGAGGAGUGGCAGUGGCAGGGGUCCCUUCACCGGAACAUGGUUCUGAUGGAAAACGGAGGAAUGCGAUGAAAGGUACAGGCCACGCUGCCACCCAGACUGGCUGCAUCCGUCAGAUCCUGCUGCUGCAGCUAGAACUGAUUGAACAGCAACAGCAGCAACUGCAGAACAAGAACAAGGAGAUAGAUGACCUCAAAGCUGAAAAAGAGAUGUUGGCAGCACGGAUCGAGCGCAUGGAGCGGCGGUUACAGAUGGUGAAGAAAGAUGGCGUUGAGAGUCGUCCCACUCCUCGCCGCAGGGAGUCUGUCGAGGCUGUCACAUCAGAAGGCACUGGGCAGUCUGAGGGUCAGUGUCAGACCCCGCGCCAAACGAAUUUUGAAAAAAGUGGCAAGAACCUGAAAAGGAGAAUCCUUUUUCAGGAAUCCAGGAUGUCAAGGUCCAGACGUGGGCAUCCUAAAGUGCCCCCUCCAAAAGAAAGCCAAGCUUUGGAGGAAGAGUCUCAGGAAGAGGUGGAGCCUGAGGUAAGGUCACCUGGUUCCUCCCUUGUGGAAUCAGAAGAGCUGCCUUACAUGGCUACCACUGAGAUGUAUCUCUGCUGCUGGCAUCAGACUCCGCCUUCACCAUGGCGAGAUCAGUCUCCUGUGCAGGAGGACACGGUUGCUGUUCCUUCCUGGCGAGAGAGCAUUGUGGAACCUCUGGAGGACAAAAAGGCAAUUGAUAUCCUUGAGAGUUUGGAUGACGGUGUAUUUCUGAAGCGUCAUUCAAAACUGGAGCUGGAUGAGAAGAGACGAAAAAGGUGGGAUAUUCAGCGUAUUCGGGAGCAGCGAAUGUUCCAGCGCCUUCAGCAGAGGAUGAACAAGCAGAAGGUGAUUCAGGAGAGUGAGCCAGAGCUGUUUUCCUUCUACCCUGAAGCUGAGGAUGUGGAGUCUCUAAUGAUCACGCCUUUCCUGCCAGUGGUGGCAUUUGGCAGGCCUCUACCAAACCUUAAACAACAGAAUUUUGAAAUACCUUGGAUAGAUGAGCGUAGCCGUAGUCGACAAGAAGCGUCUAAGAAGAAGACACCCCAUCGGACCUGCCGCAAGUGAAGCGGUCCUCUUUGAGUGAUCUCAUGAUGUUAGAAAGAAGCUGAAUCAGCUUGACUGUCCUGUGGUGUAUUGUGUCCUAUAGGAUCAUCUUGGCAACAUCGUACAUAGUUGAUUGCCCUGAAGACACCUUCAAGCUUCAAAGGACUGCUCCUCGCUGAAGCCCGUUUGGCACUCUGAAUGGCACACCAGCUGCAAGAUAGCAGAAAGCCGAGCUGUCAAAAAUUCAUACUCAUUGUUGCACUCCAAAAUGUGAUGUUGCUGUGUUCUGGUUGCUUUGGUAUUUUCCCAUGCAAGUUAGCGUUUUAAAAGUGCAGUAUGGACCAAAACUCACAUCAUAAUUAAAAUGCAGUUUAACAGAGAAUGUUAUUUGAUCACUGUUUUUGCAUUUCUGUUCAUUGUGAAUGAGUGACUUCUAAGACAAAAUUAGUAUAACAUCUUGUAACAUAGUGUUGAUUCUGCAAAUAAAUGAAAAGAUAUUCUAAUGCAUCUAAAGAAAAUAUUUCGGUAUUAAAAUAUCUUCAAAUUA